AUGGCUCGCUUUAAGUUAGGUGGUAAAUUAAAGAAAAAAGACCAUCAACUGGACGCUGACACUACAGUUUCAUCUUCAUCAUCUACCAAUUCAGCAAACCGAAAAUCCAUCAGCAGGUUUUCCAACAUUUUGCACCACAACCAGAAAACCAUGCCACUGAUCUCUACCCAACCAACCCACACCUCACGCCCGCCCCCUCACGCCAACUUGUCGGUGACAAAUCCAUGGAACCGGUUUAAACUAUUUGAUUCCCCUUUUCCAAGGUACCGACACGCAGCCGCAUCUAUUGCCAGUGAAAAAAAUGAGUUGUUCUUAAUGGGCGGUUUGAAAGACGGGUCGGUGUUUGGUGAUACAUGGAAGAUUGUCCCGCAAAUCAACCACGAAGGCGAUAUCAUCAACUAUGUGGCUGAAAAUAUCGAAGUGGUCAACAACAACAACCCUCCAGCAAGAGUCGGGCACGCAGCUGUUUUGUGCGGGAACGCAUUUAUUGUCUAUGGGGGUGAUACGGUCGAUACCGACACCAACGGAUUCCCCGAUAACAACUUUUACUUGUUCAAUAUCAACAACCACAAGUAUACCAUUCCUAGCCACAUUUUGAAUAAGCCCAACGGGAGAUACGGUCAUACUAUAGGCGUGAUAUCAUUAAACAACACCUCAUCACGCCUCUACUUGUUUGGCGGCCAAUUGGAAAACGACGUGUUCAACGAUUUGUAUUAUUUCGAAUUGAACUCGUUUAAAUCCCCCAAGGCAACGUGGCAAUUGGUUGAACCAGUCAACGACUUUAAGCCUCCACCAUUGACCAACCAUUCCAUGUCGGUGUAUAAAAACAAAGUAUACGUGUUUGGUGGGGUCUACAAUAACGAAAAGGUUUCCAACGAUUUAUGGGUAUUUGAUGCCGCCAACGAUACUUGGACCCAGGUCACAACCACCGGUGAUAUCCCGCCCCCAGUGAACGAACAUUCAAGUUGUGUUGUUGAUGACAGAAUGUAUGUUUAUGGUGGUAACGAUUUCCAAGGAAUCAUCUACAGCUCAUUGUAUGUAUUGGAUUUGCAUACCCUUGAAUGGUCGGUGUUGCAAUCUUCAGCCGAAAAGAAUGGGCCAGGCCCACGAUGCGGUCACUCAAUGACAUUGUUGCCUAGAUUUAAUAAAAUCCUUAUAAUGGGAGGCGACAAGAAUGAUUAUGUUGAUAGCGACCCGCACAACUUUGAAACGUAUGAGUCAUUCAAUGGCGAAGAAGUGGGAACCAUGGUUUAUGAAUUGGAUUUGAAUAUAGUAGACCAUUUCCUUGGUGCUCCUACAAUAAUUCCACCAGUCGUUUCCUACGAAGAAGAACUCACCAGACCGAAAAAAGCGGCUGCUUCUGCAAGAAAUGAUGUCCAAGGCUAUGACCGCCAUGCCAGAAGCUUUUCUGGUGGACCCGAGGAUUUUGCAACCCCACAAGCUUCAGCUCGUGGCUCGCCAUCCCCAGAAAGAACACAAGGAGGUGACGACAAUUUUGUUGAGGUCGACUUGCCUUCAACUACUAUUUCGCAAGUCGACGAAGAUGCACCAUACGAUACAACGUCUUUGAACCAACACCCACUUCCUGAGCAGGAAGUGGCUAACGGUCAUGUUGAAGAUGAACCAUUCAGAAGACGGUCGCUUGAUCCAAGAUAUGAUGAUAAUAGUGGGGGUGUGCCAGUACCUGAACCAGUGGCAGUAGCUGCAACUGAACCAGUGGCUGAACCAGUACCUCAUGCUGAACCAGUAGCCGAGGCUGCACCUCGCCAGGAUGGAAAAGUUAAACAGAUAAUUUCCGAAUUAACCAAUGAAUUGGUCCUGCUCAAGGCCACCACCAAAGAACAAAUGCAAAAGGCAACAGAGAAAAUCGAGCAAUUGGAACGCCAGAACUCAUUGUUGCAUCAAUCUCAACAACGUGAUGCCGAAAGUUAUACCAAACAAAUUGAAGAAAAAGAUGUUCUCAUCAACGAACUAAAGUCAUCCCUCGACCCAAGUGCAUGGGAUCCAGAACAGCCUCAAACGGCAACAAAUAUUUCCGAAUUGAACCGAUACAAAUUGGAAAGAUUGGAGUUGAACAACAAGUUGCUUUAUUUGGAACAAGAAAACUUAAAACUAAAGGACCAGUUUGCUGAGUUUGAGCCGUUUAUGGAUCACCAAAUUGGCGAACUAGACAAGUUCCAAAAAGUCAUCAAAGUGCAAGAAGAACAAAUCGAUAAAUUGACAAACCAAGUCAAGGACCAAGAGGCUUUACACAAAGAAAUAUACGAUUGGAAGAGUAAAUUUGAAAGCUUGUCUUUAGAAUUUGAAAACUAUAAGGCCAUACAUAAUGACGAUGAUUUAUCAGAUGGCGAAGUUGAACUCCAGGAUGACGACAGGUCUAUUUUGAGUUCGGCAAAGUCAAGAAAAGAUAUUUCUUCACAAUUGGGCAAUUUAGUGUCGUUGUGGAACCAAAAACACUCCUCCAGUUCCAGUCGUGAUUUAUCUGCUCCUCCCCCAGUAAUUCGUCCUGAAAGCCACCCUGUUGUUGCUAAAUUACAACUGCAAGUUGACGACUUGUUAAAGAUUGGUAAACAAAACGAAGAAACGUUUUCUCAUGAAAUCGAAUCCCUCAGGAAAGAGUUACAAGAGAAAGUUGCUACAUUAAAGACAGUGGAAGAAAAUUACCGUGAAUCCAUACAAUCUGUCAACAACACCAGCAAGGCAUUAAAAUUGAACCAAGAAGAAUUAAGCAGUCAACGAAUUCUAAUGGAAAGAUUGGUUAAAGAAAAUAACGAGUUGAAACUUUAUAAAAAAGCCAGCAGCAAAAAACUUGGGUCUCGUGACGGUACUCCUGUUGUCAAUGAAUACCAGCAAAGCGAAGCUAGUCCUGGCCUUGACGAGCUUAAUAACGAGGACGACGAUGAAGACGUUAUUAGCACGGCUCACUAUAAUAUGAAGAUCAAGGAUUUGGAAGCUGACUUGUAUAUAUUGAAACAGGAGAGAGAUCAAUUAAAAGACAAUGUCACUUCGUUGCAAAAACAACUUUAUUUAGCUCAAAAUCAAUAA